AUGGAUCCAAAUUUGGACUCCAACAACUCAUAUUUUAAUAGAGGAGUAUAUUCUCCACUAAUAUCCAACAGUAAUCCAAAGGAUGGACAUACUCCUUCUGAUAAUGAACUUUCUAAAGAUUGCCUCAACGGAGUCAAGAAAUUAAUCGAAAGUUACGAAAAUUACACGGUUGAUGGCUUCUUUUCGUCAUUUAGGACCAAUUAUACCUUCCUAAAGACACUUCUCUUGAAAAAUACAAACGAUAAGGCCUUGAUAGCACUCAAAACACAGUGUUUCGACAUCAUGGAAUCAUUCACGAAGGUAGAGUUCGCGGACGUCCAACUAAGAAGAGAAUUCGUCUCAUUAUGCUUUAACACAAUGAUUACAAGCACAUACUGGGACGAAAACUGUCAAAGGAUUUUAAAGCAUUUCCUGAUGGAUCCAAAACAUUACGUAAACCUGGUUCAAGUUGACCAAUUCUUCGAAUUCACAACAAAAAUGUUAAACAAUUACCCAAACAUACAAGAUAAAGAUUUAAAAAGAUUACCAAUAUUUAUAAACUUGCUUGAUCAGUUGUUUACAAGUCCAUUAUUUAGUAAGAACCUGGUUCAACUACUUCCAUUAUUUAGAAAAGUUAACGGUUUAAAUUCCACAGAUCAUCAAACAACAUGUUAUUUUGAGUUGAUACUGUUGUCAUGUAAAGCUUUGAAAAAUUUCACAUUGAACUUAAAACAGUCAUUCAAUUACUCAUACUACUUAAAUGAAAUAUUCGGACACCUGUCAUUCUUCUUGAAUAAUUUCAGUUUAAAUAAUGAGCAACUGACAAAUCUGCUGAACGCAUUUGUUAUUUUAGUUAAUUCAGGAGUAACAUACAUUGUUUUGAAGUCUUUCCUACAGCAAGACUUCUUCAAUACACUAUACCAUUUAUCGCUAAGGGAAUAUUCAUACACAUACUUGGUGUUGUCGUUAUAUGUGGAUGUGAUUAAGAAGUUGGAUCCAGACCACUUCAAUAUUAAAAUGUUCCAAAAGUGCAAUGCACUCCUGAGCCUACACUGGCUCUCAUCAGACUAUAAAAUCAAAGAAUUGUGUUUAAAUUUAAUACACUCAUUGUUGUGUAAUUUCCCAGACCUGUCCUACAUUGUCGACGAGGAUUCCCUCAAUACAAUAUACAAAUUCUCUAUAAUUACUUUUUUCAACGCAGUUAACUUUAUAAGUGACCUUUAUAACAGCAGAAAUAAACAAAGCAAUGGAUUUUUGUCGUACGUCAAGAGCGUACUAAACGUGCUCAUAGAGAUAAUCAUUGUCAACUACAAGUUAUUAAUACAACUAACCAAUAUUAAAAGGGUGAUUACAAUAAACAUUUUGCAAGCAUUUUUGAUUACAGUGAAGCUGGUCGCACAGCUAUACAUAAGCACGCCGGGAAAUAAGACUAUAAGGAUGAAGGAUGAUGAAGAUGAUGACAAAAAUGAAUUUUUCGUCAUUUUAGAUAAUUCAGUAAAACUACUGUGUAAAAGCUUGGAACCCACCAUGGUGGAAAACACUAUCAGAUUGGUCUUGCCAAUACUAGUGUACUAUUACUUAUACCCGAGUAGAAAACUGUUUAUGAACGACGAGGAACUUUUUAAACAAAAUCAAUUAACGCCCAAAACAGAUUUAAAUGAGACUCAAAACCCAACUGAGAUUCAGGAGCGGAAUCAACUAGAGAAUCUGAUGUUGUAUAUAUUUUAUGCAUUUUCCAAAAACUGCUCUGACCUGUUCAUUCAGCAGUAUUUGUCACUAGUGAUUCAGCUGAUAAAUAACGAGGACCUCUUCAAGCUAUAUAGAUACUCCUACAACAUAAUAUUCCAAGCAAACCCUGUUAUAUCACAUACAGACAAGAUAUACCAAGAUAGACCAAAGGUUAUGAAUAAUAUGGAUAAUGAAGUAAAUAAUAUGAUGAAUAAGUUGAUGGAUGAAAACAUAUUUGUCGGACUCAAAUAUCAUUUGGACUCGAUUAAGUAUAUAACAUAUGACCUGAACCAGAUGGUAAAUGUAAUCUACAACUAUUAUCCCUGCCCAGAUGGCUCAGAAUCACUACAGGAUGGAGACAAAGCAAAGAUUGUUCUGUAUUUGAAGUUGUUAACUGUUAUUUUCGAAAAAAUCAACAGUAACUCAAACAGCACAUACGCAUACGACCAAAUAAACGUGCUCUACUCGUUUCUGGACAAAAUAUUGUUUUACUUAGAGCUGUCAGAUUAUAGAAACUUGGACAUGUUGUCGGAAAUCGCCUCAGCAAGUUAUAUAAGAAUUGAAGAAAACGAAGAUUUAUACGCCUUUAUAAUAGUGGUGAGCAUGAAUAACACAAACUUCGAAUACAUGAAGAAAGUCCUGAAGCUAGUCAACUACUUUAUUAACUACACGAAAAGCAAAAAGCUGCUCAAAUACACAUUACUCCUGAUAGAAAGUUAUGUAGAAAAUACAGACAACGCUGAAUUGUAUGUGCUCCUAUCUGAAACCAUUAGACAGAUUAACCCACAUGAGUACCAGCCAAUUGAAUACAACGAACACCAAUUUGAAGAUAAAAUGGAUCCGUACUUCAUAAAAUACCUAAUGGAGCACUUGCUGAAUAAUGAAGACGCCGAGAUUACGAAAAUAGUAAUGAAUAUUCUGGGUAAAUUUGGAGCCAUAAGUCAGAAGUACAGAGUUGACUACAAUAUCAAAAACGCAGAGGAGUUUUCACUAGCAUUUCCAUGCACAGCAAGCAAAGAUUCUACAGUGGUCUCGAUCCCAGUGGAGUCAGGGUUAGAUUUAGUGAUUAAGCGUGUGGAGGAAAGUUUGUAUAGAGAUGAAGCACCACUUAACUUGGAAGAAUUCAACACAUACACAGGAUACCUGCUGAUCAUAAUGUCGCCAAUACUUCAGUAUAACUCGUCACUAACACAUUAUUACAUUGAUGCGACCUUUAAAAAUCAGCCUUCCAAAACAAAUCAACAGUCUAAUGACGGGACGCACCUGAAUCUUGAUGCGAAGCUAACGAAAACAGAAGACCAGAUGAAGUAUUUGAGAAAGCUGUUCAAGUGUUUAUGCCUAUUAUUGAAUGAAGGGGAAAGAAUAAAAGAGAGUAGCGAGUAUGAAAAUUUAAAAUUGUUUAAAUCUGCAUUGGUCCAUUAUUUGGUUCUGUCAUCUAGAGUUAGGAAUAAGAAUCGAGACGAUAAUUUGUCACUAGCAUUAUACUUGCUGAUGCUUAACGUUGAAUAUCCAGUUGAGUAUGAGAGUAAAGAGUGGUACGACUCAUGCAAUGAGAUGAUUCUAGAAUUAUUCGAGUAUAUAGUGGAAAAUGAUAUGGAUGACGUGAUCGAGUAUGUUGUUGGGAUGCUGGUGGUCAAGUUGAACAACAACAACAUAUUCAGAAGAGUGGCAUACUUCGGGCUACUACUAGGGCUGUUUAGAGCAAACCAUAGCAAGUAUUUUAAGGAAUACACAACAUACAUAUAUAAUAUGCUCCUGUGUACACUGGUUGAUUUGAACCAGUCUAAUGAAGACCUGUAUAUUAGCAAGGCAAACAGGAUUCCUGAAAAGAUACUCUUCUCAUUAAUUAAACUAAUUGUCAGCCAUGACCCCGAUUUACACUUCAACAAUUUGACUUCAAUGUUGAACAACAAGAUCCUGAAACUACGAAUUCUGGCUAUGGAACUGUUAAACGAAUACAAGCCGCAGAAACUGUCACAGUUUUUCAAUAACAAUAUCAUAAGCCUGCAAUACCCGGAAAUACUAGUUCUCACAACACAAUACACGCACAAUAAAAUGUGCCUGGAAAGUUCCUUGAAGAAGUUGUUGGACCGAAUUAACAAUUAUGAGGAGGACAGCGUAGAGUUGGUAACCUAUUUGAGAAUAGUGGAACUAUUGUUGUUUGAUGGUAGGUUUGAAAAGAUGUUGAAGCAGUUGGACCAUGGCCUGAUUGAUAUGAUAUCGACAAGUCUGUUAAAUCUGGUCAUGAUAUCCAACGGAAUCAUGUUCAAGACUUCAUUAUCAAUUUUGAAAAGAAUGGAUAAGAAUAUGGUUAAACAAAACGCCUUGAUGUCAAUAGAACCGUUUAUCAUACAAUUACAAACCAUUUUCAAUUGUAAUACAGUCAAGAAAUUGAUGUUAUUGUAUGAAUUGUAUGGAAAUGAUUUCAAGUGUAUGAAGGAUUCGUUGUAUAACGUAGGAAUAACAUUGACGGAGUCGAAGAUAAACGUGUCGGAGCUCAAGUUGUUAAGUUAUAUUGACUUUUUUAAGUUCCUGGUGAAGUUGGGGUACAAUAACAAGUUAUUUAUGGAUAACCAAGGGAAUGAAAGUGUCAUUACAACACCAAUACAGAUAAUGCAGAUACAUAAAGAUUUCAUGAAUAAUACUAAAUUCCAAGAUAAAGGAGAAAAUAAGGUGAUGGAAAACCUGACAAAGUAUGACUUGUUAUAUUUAAUGGAUGAUAACAUGAUAAAGAAUACAUUCAAUAAACUAAAUAAUGAGUUGAAUAAUAAUAACAACCUUAACGUGAUAUACCAAAUACUCUGUUUCCUGCAGUACUUGUCAACAGUAAAGAGCCUAAUAAUAUCAACGAAGGAGUUCAAGAAUGUAAUUAAAACAGUAGUUACACUGUCGAAUCAAGACGUCUUUAUAGGACACUAUUUGCACCCGGAAAAUCGAUUAUUCGAUUCAGAAAGCCAAGAAAAGGAUAUUGACGAGUUGACGUAUAUUUCAAUUUCAAACAAGUGUUAUGAAAUCCUACACCUCCAUUACCCUUCAACCAUUGAUAUACUCUCACAAUACAAAUACACACCAUACUCUUUUGUCAAUACUAACAGUGAACUGGUAAUAUAUAUUUUAGUACCACUAAUUGUGUUCAAUGCAUUUAUAAGUGACAAUUUCGAACUGAUGAAUAAUUUAACCUUGUUCAAGUCAACCUCAAAUUAUUUAUACAAUACACAAUUAAUGGUGUUGCUGAGGAUAGUGUACUUUAUUAAUAAUAACGAAGGUUUAGUAAAAGGAGAUUUGUUGACUGAAUUGUUGGACUACGUAUAUUACCGAGUACUAAAUAGUGAUACGGAAAACAAAACGAUGAAUGUGAACAAGAAUAACCUUAAUUUAGACCAAGUUGUGAGUUCGUGGAUUGGAUAUUACAUUGUGAGUAAAAUCUUCCACCUGUGUAACAUUAAUUACAUGCUGGUGUUGUCAGUGUUUAGACAAUAUGUGGAGUUUGUGAAGUCGUAUGAUUUUACACAUUUGCUUAAUAACCUACAUAACAUACCAAUUGCGAUAUUUUUAGUACUAAAUAACACGUUCCCAUUAACACCUGAGGAGGAAAAGAGCACAGUGGAUACAGACGAGUUCAACAAUUACUUUUUAGUCAUGAAGAUGAUCUCGUUUAACUUCUUCAACUGCCUGUGCAACAUUACGGUGUCAGACAAAGUGAGUGAGCCUGCGAUUCUGUACCUGUUUAACUUAUCAAUUCCAAAAUUUCAACCAGAAUCUGAUGUUCUGCACAAUGGACAUAUGGCAGAGGAUAACCCACAAGAUAAAACAAGUGACGAUGUUUAUAAAGAGGAAAUGAGAGCAUUGACGAUGUUGUUGGGAGGAUUUAUGAGUUACCUUAACAAUUAUAGAGAAUUUAUGAACACAUACUUUGAUAGGUUUGUAGAUUAUAUGUAUAAAAACACGUGUCACGGGUACUAUUAUAGUCGUUAUGUAUUGGAGAUUAUCGUUGGGAUCAUCUUGAUAUGCGAGUCUAACGAAAUGAAAUAUAACAAGUUCAAGAUCCUGUCGGUGUACUUCAGAAUAAUAAACUCACUGAGAGCAUACUUGACCAGGAAUGAAUAUUUAAAGGAAUCUAACAUGGCAAAUAAUAUAAUUUACAGAUAUAACGGAAUAUUGAGUAAAACAUACAAGCAUAAGAUUUUUGACAUCUUAAAUUAUGACACGAAUAAGCUCAUGUACAAAAAUGUUGCAAUAAAGCUUUUGGUUAAUGACCACCCACACCUGUUUCAUAUUAUUGUACAACUUAAUGACAUACCAUACCUUACGACACACGCUAAUUUGAAAAGUUUGCUAAAAUCAGAAUGUGAGGCAGAGGACCUGAAUCGUCAUACACUUAAUUUCCUGGAAUUAAUAAUGGACUUGAUCCACAAGUAUCUGAAAGAAGUAAAUGUAACCCAUACCACAAUUAUGAUCAACACAGGAUCAGCAGAAUCCGAAGACCCAGACAUGAAUAGACUAACUGAGUUAAUUAACAUAAUAAACCUGUUCAUUGACGUCUUGAAGAUCAAUACAAGAAACAUAGCCGAAUACCUUAAUGAAUAUUUACCACUGUUUGUUCAGAAACUGUAUUUAUGUUUGGUAAACGUAGGAUAUUCAAAGUUUAGAAGAAUACUUAGCCCCAAUUAUGUCGACUUCCUUGAGUUGUGUUUCCUGUCAUUCUAUAAGUUUAAAACUGAAGUGGAAAGUUCAUUUUUCAAGGUUGUGGAGAUUUCUACAAAGUGUGACAAGUUCAUGAUCUUCAAUAUCUUGAUUAAAUUAAAGUAUCUACACCCGUACAUUAACAUAAACAGGCGAGUGAUGACGAUGCUGAGGUCGUAUAGUGUGUGGGAAACCACAGAAGAAGAGUACAGAGAAGAUUUGGACUACAACUUCUUUGACUAUAACGGAAGUUACAUUGAAGUCAGCCCAGAAUCCUUGGACGAAUAUGAAGUUGAGGAUCUCACAAUGCCAAAUAAGAAGUUAUACAAAAUCACAUUUAACCAUAUCGAGUUUGCAUUCAAUUACCCGACAGAUACGAACCUGAUUCAGAGAGAUUUGACUAAACAUAUAAAGACAUCAUCUGAUAAUUACACAUUUGAGCACCUGUGUAGUGUGUUAUAUCAUACCAGACACAUAUCAUAUGUACCAGAAGAUUGUAAAGUGGAUGAAGAGACCCUGGCUACAGAGUUUAACUUGUUAUACCUGGGUAUGAUGGACCAUGAAAACUUUAAAGAUUUAAGAUUAGAUGUUAAGAUGAGUUACCUAACACAUUGCUCAUAUUUAUUCAAGUCACAACAUAACGACUAUGUUAAACAUUACGAGAAACAACCAGAAUUAUCCAAAACACUUGAUCUGUUGUUUAAAUAUAAUCAAAACUCAACCACACUCGUUGAUAUAAUUUUCACACUCUUCAGACAAGAUUUGGAGAUUGGAAUAGGUACUAAUUAUCCAAGAUUGGAGCCUUUGGAUAAUAGGUUUGGGUUAGGAGCAAAGGCAAAUACUGAGCUUGUAAGCCAGAUCAGUUUCGUGUGUAACAUCGAUAAUUCUAGCCUGAGACCAAUUGCGACACUAUUAAAGGAAUUUAGAAAAAUGUCACUCAUGAAUGAUACUGAGACUCCAGUGGAAGAAACUAAAGAUCUCCAGGAGUUUGAACUCUGUUUGGAUGGGAAACUGUAUGAGUCACUAACAAAGAUAUAUGAAUAUAACAAGGUAUAUCUUAGGAACUAUGUAAACCAGAAUUUGGUCCUAAAGUACUUUGAAAAAUUGUGUGAAUUCGACAGUAAGUUCAACCGUGAAAUGUUCUCCAAGGUGUUUUCACAACUGUAUAUUAACUUAUCAGAGCCUUAUAGGAACCAAGUCUCCCAACAAAUCAUCUCGUUCCUUACCAAUAAGAUAACCUCAAUAUCAGUUAACCAUAAUCUUUCAUCGAAUACGUAUAUCCGGACACCGACACAUCUGGAUACCUGUUGCUAUAAGGAAGAUUUCGACUCAAUUAACUUGGUGUAUUAUGCCGUCAUGAACACGUACCCUAUGGUAGUAUUACCAGUUGAGAUAAUCAAGUACAUUUCACUAUAUUUACCAGGAAACUACUUUAACACGUGCUACUAUUUGGAGAAUUUAAUGCUAGCUCAGCCGAUGGAUAUAACGAAGCCGGCAACUCUCUUGUCAGAUUUGUACAUGAGGUUGGACAUGCUUGACUUAUCAAUAGGUACAAAUAGGUGUUGGGUGAUUACGAAUGAGACUAGAUUAGCCUUGGCGAAUCUACAGCAUGGUAAAUGGAAGCAGGCUCAAAGAGAUUUUAACCACAUAAUGGACCAAAUAUCUUCCUCAGGACAGACUUCUGAAACUGUGGCUUGGUUUGACGAGUCUAAGCUCUGGUUCAACUAUUGGAUGUACUGCACUAAACAGCUCAAUGAGUGGGACAUUAUUAGAGACAUCUCAUACAUAUCGAAUAAUAAGACAACUUUCAGCCAGUCGAAUGUGUUCCUUAACUCAUUUCCACACAUGCUAGUGUUGUUUCAGAACCAAAAUAAGGACAAUUAUCUUCUAGUUAACCAGGAAUCUUUUAAUGAUAUUGACACAUAUGACAUGGAGAAUAUCAUUGAAAUGAAUAUCUACAACAUGUUCAAUAAGAUAAAUAAGGUCUAUUCCAACAAUAUCCACACACUAUACAAACAAUAUAAUAAAGAAUAUCACAAACUCAACAUCAUGACACAAAAUUGUUUUUCAUGGUUAUUGCAUUAUUAUAAGAAUCUUGGUAAUAAGAUAGAUGGCCAUGUGAAUUGUAUGAGGUUAAAUCAUAGAAUAACAGAGAUAAAUGAGGGUAUAACAUAUUUGAAGAGAGUAAUAACAAAUGCAUAUAAUGGUCAAGAGUGUGAUGAAUCACAUUUGAUGAAUAAGUGGAGAAACAGACUACCAAACAAAUGUGAUCAUCCAAAUAUAUGGAACACACUACUAUGUUUCAGAACACAAGUUUUCAGUACCGUAAAAAAUCUCACAAACCUAACAAACAAUAAUCAACCACUAAAUGAUUCAUUAUUGAUUAAUCAAGAUUACAUAUGGACAUUGGUGAAGUAUAGUGGAGUGAUAAGAAAGAGUCAUCAGUUGCCGUUAAUAGCAUCUGUUCUCCUAAAUAAGGCUCAAAAGUACCUGGUCCAGACAAUAAACAAGAGUUCAAACAUAGGCGAAGAUUAUUACUUGCUCAUUAACGAGAGGCUGAAACAGUACUUGACGUUCUCAAUUAAUGUGCCAGACGCACUAAAGAGUGUAAUCACACUAGAUUUCGAUAAACUCCCAAACAGAGGGUUUGAAACCCUUAAGUCACACGUCACGAGACUCAAAGCAGAAGCCAUUAACAGGAAUUACAUCUACGACAUACACCACAACCAAACAAACCCAAACAAAAGACAAUUAAACAGUAUAGGAGAUAUUGAUUUGGCCUGCAAGUAUAUGUUGGAAGCUUUGAAACUACAGCCUCUUUUGAGUAAAAACUGGAUAUCAUGGGCAAAGUUUAAUGAUAACAAAAUCGACCACUCGAUGGUCCCAAUGUGGGCUAAAAACGAACAAAUGUUCCCACUAGAACUUUACGAAACAUCCAUCAUGGGAUAUCUGACCGCAAUAUCAAUCAAUCCAAAUUGUCAUUGGUUGUUGAUUAAGAGAUUGUUUACGUUAUUGACGGAGAUGCAUAGGGGGAUAAACGCAACGAGUGAGACGUUUAAGAAGUAUUCGGAGUACGUGCACCACUGUGUGUGGCUGAUGUGGUUGCCACAGUUGGUGACGUUUCUGUACAGUAGAAACAAUGCAGAGAUAUUCCACCUGCUAAAACUACUGAUAAAAAAGGUGCCACAACAGUUGUACUACACAAUAAGAACGGAAUAUUUAUCCCAAGUACCACAAAACUCAAAUAACGGGUACAGCGCCAGAGAAGAAGAAGAACAUAUUGGAAGACAGAAUGUAAUUGAUAUUAAAAACAUACUCCAAAUUCUAAUAAACUGUAAUCCAGGACUGAAUCACACACUUGAGAAUUUCUGUAACAUACUCACGAACAUGGGGAAGCCGGACCUGAUUGACGAAAUCAUGUGUGCAUAUGAAACGAUCUUUGAGGAAUGUCUAGAGUUGCCAUUCCAUGAAUAUAUACCAAAGCCCAUGCUGUAUUGCCUGACUAACAAGAUUCUGAAUAAAAUAUCCUCAAGCUUAAAUACCUCAGAGGAGGAAGAUGACGAUAAGGAGCUUUAUAACAUUGUUUACAAUUUCACACAGAACUUUAUUCAGCCCAUCAAGUCAACUGAACUAUUGAACAGUGUUUCUUUAGUUACUGGAUACACUCCAGACAGACUUGGUAACACCCAACCUGAGACGCCAAGAGAAUCAUCAGAGAAAGGGCUAACUUGUGGAUAUACUAUGAAUAAGUUGCUGGACAUAAUAAGCCUAUUAAUAAACUUUGGGAAAACAAGAAAUAAAAGAGGAAGCAGACGUGAUAUUAAUCACCUGAACUACUCAGUGUGCGUACUGAGUAACAAGUUCAGUUCCGGCAAUAACAUCUCGAUACAACUACCCCAUGUGGUCAUAACUGCAGUUGAAGACAUGAUCAAGAGUAAAAAUGUGAUUGGAGAAAUGCGGGAUAUUUUAUAUGUUGACCCUAGCAUAAUCAAGGUAAGGAGAAGAAAUCACCUAGUAAAGUGUGUUAAGAUUAUCACAACCGACGGCCAGAACCACUAUUAUUCAGUGUACCCACUUGUGAGAGCUAGACAGAAAGGUGAGGAGUGCAUUCACCAGAUGUCACACCUUAUGAAUUUCUACAUGAAAAAGUACAAUGAAACAAGGAGGAGGAACUUGUUCCUUUCCUCAGGGUCCAUUGUUUCACUUGAUCCGCACAUUUGCCUCGUAGAGGACAGUCCAAACAGUCACACACUCCUGAGCAUUUUCAACAGGUCAAUAUCAAUGGAUAAUCUUCUAAUAGAUUCAAACCCUCUGAUGCCCUCUGACGUUCGCACUGAUGGCUACUUGAAUAAACUAGAUACCAGAUUAGCCAGCGGUAACGGCUAUGAAACUUGUCUACUGCUUUUGGUGCUUCACAAGAUACUUUUGGAGAAGAACAUAACCAUAAAGUUGUACGAAUGCUAUAAUAAGUAUAAUCCCACCUCAACCUUGACCAACUCCGCAACUAACGAGGAGAUGGACAAGGCGGCAGGUUUUAAUUACAUUUACAAACUCUUUAGAGAAAAACAGUACCCCUGGUUCUUUACCUGGUACCGAAAAAUACAUCAGGACGUUCUUCAGGACUCGUAUAAUAAACUUUGCAAUAUCGUACCCGACAAUAUUCUCUACGAAUUUGUCCUGCAAUCCUCCAUAGAUUAUGAAAACUUUAUAAAUUUCAGAAUUAACUUCACUUCAUCCUACGCCACACAGGCACUCCUAAGUCUAGUGUUCGCUACUCCAUACUCAACUCCAUCAAAACUUGUUUUGAACAUGAACAACGGCUCAAUUAGACAAUUUGACUUCAAACUCUUUAAUAGAGAAAUGGACCAGAACAAGAUGCGGGUUUUCAGGUUAACUAGGAACAUGACCAAUUUGAUGGGACCCACUUGUAGACUCGGUCUUCUUCCUGGUGUCAUGUUCGCCGUCUGUUCUUCUAUUCAUCACUUUAAAAUCGAUGUCCACGCCGCAUUAUCAGCCAUUCUGAUUGGACGCAACACCUCUAGGGACUUUUACGCGUUCCAAAAAGAUAAGGAAAACUUCCAAAAGGACAAAAAUAACUUUGCUGCCGAGAAAACUAAUUUCCCCAGGGACAAGAACAACUUUAUCAAGGACAAAGACCCUAAAUUGGAUAAAUUCGACGAGAUUGACGACUACUUGAGCAAAAUUCUCAACUAUUGUUCUCACCUUCGGUCUCCUGCUGAUCAGGAGCACAGUACUUUACCCAUAAACAACGUCAUCACUUGCAUCAUUGACGCUUCCACUGAUUCUUCCAUGCUUGGAAAACUUAAAACUUGUCAUCAACCCUGGUUUUAA